UCUCAAUGAUCUAGUACAUCGGAAUUGUACUAAAUCAGAGAUACUUAAUAUGGAACGGAGAGAGUAGUUAGCUAGGUGUGUGGAGCAUUGAAGGUAUUUUAUCUUCUUGUUGCAUGAGCGACUCUCACACUACAAAUCUCCUUCUCAGGGUACAUUUCGUUAAGGUAUGAUUAAUCAAGCACCCAAAAUGAUUAGUAUGUAUAUGAUUGCGCAAUCACAAACAGAAAUGGGCCCAAUUUACAUAUAACUCAUAUGCUGCUUAUACUAUUUGCCAGUGAAACAUAUCGGUAUGGCAGAUGUCGAAGCAUACCCAAAGACUAUGCUUGUUCUGUCCAACAAGUGGCAAACUCAUGGCCCCAGACAAAUCAAAUCAAGAAUCACAUUGCACUCUUGCAGUUAGCAUUGCAUGUUCUGUGUUCAUGGCCAUGUCCCUUGCCAACCUGUCAUGAUAGCUGCACCUAAGCUGCAUUGUCCUCUUUACUUUCUCCGUCACCCCUAUAAAUCCCUCAGAUUAGCACCACCACCAGCAGCAGCAUAUCAAGUUCAUUCAGAAGCCAAAGCAGCAUUACUACACCUAGCCAAGAAAGAAGUACAAGGAGGAGCAAGACAAGCAUGGUUAGUGCCAAGAGACUUGCUCAGAUGGCAAAGAAGUGGCAGAGGAUGGCAGCCCUGGGGAGGAAGAGGCUCACCCGGACCACGACGGCCGCGAAAGGAGUAUCCAAUGACGAGUGCUGCGCGACAUGGCCAUCGGUGGCGAUGAAAGGCCACUGCAUGGUGUACACCAUAGACGGGGCACGGUUCGAGGUGCCGCUGGCAUACCUCGGCACGCCCAUCUUGAGCGAGCUCCUGACGAUGUCCCAGGAGGAGUUCGGCUUUGCAGGCGGCGAUGACGGGAGGAUCGUGCUGCCCUGUGAUGCAGCGGUCAUGGAGUACGCCAUGUGCUUGCUCCGGAGAGAUGCCUCCACGGAAGUCAUGAAGGCAUUCACGAGCUCCGUCGCGAGGCCAUGCAGCAGCUUUGAAGGUGGUGUGGUGGGCGUAGGGCCUAACCAGCAAGUACUAGCUGUUUGUUAGCUUCUGCAGAACAGCUGCCGUAGUGUCCAUCUUUAGCCCGCUUCUGUUUGUUGCGUGGUGUGAAUAUACAGUUGCAAGCGGUAGGCUGGACUAUAGGAUAGUAAUGAAGAUUACCUUGCAUAGCACAGUCGACAUUUGUAAUUCCAAUAGAUAGCCAAGGGUAUAAACGCACACAUAUCUUUUUGACAAGAGGUACUACCAAUGUGCAUCA